CACUAUGAUAUGUUAGUUUUUGUUUACUCUUGCUUUAUAUAGGAACUGAGAAGGUAUUACCGGACUAGUUAAUCCUGUAUCCAAAAUAUAAAGUCUCGGUAUAUUGUAACAAUCAAACGUUUUCUAAUAACAGCAGCUUGUUAUUCUAUAUUUUGUAGCUGCGAUUAUCUUAUUUUUUAUCAUAUAUGUGUUUGUAGCACUUAUCUGGUUCAGAUUUGAAUUUAGUAUAGACCCCUUUUCCUGUAUGAUAUGAUAUGUAAUGUAUUGUGUUAUUACACAGGUCAAGCCAAACAUUUAUUAAACUCUGUAUCUAUUCUAUUUCAAUAUUUCGAAAAUUUUGAAGUCAUAAUAAUUUACUUGUUUACACUGUUUACCUUUCUUACAGAUCUAAACCAAAAUAUUACAAAAACUCUGAUAUUUCAAUAUUGCUCAGAAAUCAUGAAACACUGAAAUUCAAAUAUCUAAAAAUCCAGCAUGUUAAAUAUUCAUCAUUUAAAAUUAACUUUUACGCUGUUUAACUUUCUUACAGACCUAACCAAAAAUUUGCAAAAAUCUCUGAUAUUUCAAUAUUGCUCAGAAAUCAUGAAACUCUGAAAUUCAAAUAUCCAUACAUUCUUUAUACAACGAAAUUUAAAAGUAAAAGCUCAAAUUAAUAUAAUAUUCCAGUUAUCGAGAUUGACAAAGUAUUAAUAUCGUGCUCUUUACAAAAAUGAAAUUCUGCCAUAGUUGUCAGUUACAUGUCUCAAAGUCAAAGUAUUCAUCACAUAAGAAAAGUAACAAACAUAAAACAAAUUGUUUACUCCGUACUGAAUACCAAAAUGUUCAGCUGAUAGCCAGUGCUUUCAAAGACAGAAUAGCUAGCUACAAAAUAAAUCCUCAAAAUAAUGAAAUAAUAACACCCGAAUUAUUUUUAUCUGAUGUAUUCAACACCAUUUAUAAUUUAUUACAGCCAUUAUUACAAAAACAUAAAUCAUUAAAGAUAAACUUUGAACUUUUUGUGCUAUAUUUACUUCCUAAGAAUGAAGAACUAUCUCUUAAGUCUUUUAAUACUAAAUAUUCCAUAAUAAAUCAGAGUACAGAUAUCAUAUCUUUAUACAAAGAUUGCACGCAACGAUUAGUAUGUAAAUGCUUAGAGUUUGAAUUAUCAGAAUCUGGUUGGACAAUAGAGAAAAUAAGUCAUUUAGAAAUGAAUAUUGCAAAAUACAAUCCUUUGAGAGCAGGAAGUUACAUUGCUUUACCUUUGAGAAUUAACAAAAUGAAGGCAUGUCUCAAUAUUCAGAAUACGGAUAACCAUUGUUUUCUUUGGUGUAUCAUUGCUCAUAUGUAUCCAGCUAAAAAUAAUCCUAAUAGAGUUUCAUCUUAUCCGCAUUAUUCUAAGAUCUUAAAUACUAACGGAAUGUCUUUCCCCCCAACAUUUGAAGAUAUAAAAUGGUUUGAAAAACAUAAUUUUAAUAUAAGUGUAAACAUUUAUGGUUUGGAAAAAAACAAUACUAUAACGGGACCAUUAUACAAAACUAAACUGCGAAAGUUAAAUCAUGUAAACUUAUUAUUUAUUAGCAAGAAUGGUAAGAAUCAUUUCUGCUUAAUUAAAAACCUUGAAAAAAUUGUUCGCAGUCAACUUACAAAACACAAAUCUAGGAUUCAUCUAUGUGAAGAAUGUUUUUUAUAUUUUAAAACACAGGAAAAACUAAAUAAUCAUAAUUGUGGUAGAUUGCAAACCAUUCUUCCUGAAGAAAAUAGUAAACUUAGUUUUUCAAAUUAUCAAAAAACUCAAAGAGUUCCAAUCGUCAUUUACGGAGAUUUUGAAAGCUUAUUACGUGAAUAUUCAGAUAAAAGUAAAAGUCAGUAUAUUGAAAACAUUCAAAUUCAUGAAGCCACUUGCUUUGCUUAUUACAUAUGCUGUGAGUCUAACCCUGAAUUAAAUAAUUUAAUAUCAUAUCGUGGUCCAAAUUGUUCAAAAAAAUUCGUUGAGUCAAUUAUCAACGACUCGCAAAGUUUAUAUCAAAUUUUAUCAAUGCACAGACAAAUGUUACCAUUGACGAGUGAAGAAUAUCAUUCCUUUAAAACUGCUGUGAAAUGUCAUAUCUGUAAAAAAAAAUUUGCAUCUGAUGAUCAUAUUGUUCGUGAUCAUGAUCAUUUCACUGGUAAAUAUCGAGGGCCAGCUCAUAAUAAAUGUAAUCUAAAUUCUAAAUCAUGUCAUUUUAUACCAGUUAUAUUUCAUAAUCUUUCUGGAUAUGACAGCCAUUUAUUUAUCAAUGAAAUUUCUUCAGUAUGUGGUUACAUAAAUUUAAUUCCAAAAAACAAAGAAAAAUAUAUUUCAUUUAGUAAAUUUGUGCCCCUGGAUUCAAAAAACACUGUCCAACUAAAAUUUAUUGACUCUUUUAAUUUUUUAAGUUCUAGUUUGGAUAAUUUAGCGAAAACUCUAAAUGUCGCAGAUUUUAAGCAUUUAAAAUCAUUUUUCAUUGAUGAAGAUUUACUAAGAUUGUGUCUAAAAAAAGGUGUAUAUUGCUAUGAAUAUAUAAACUCUUGGAAAAAAUAUGAAGAAACACAAUUACCUGAUCGAAACAAAUUCUAUAGUAGACUCACAUCCGAAACUGUAUCAGAAGAAGAUUAUAAUCAUGCAUUAACUGUAUGGAAUAAAUUUCGCAUAAAUAAUAUAGGAGAAUACACUGAUUUAUACCUAAAAUGUGAUGUGCUGUUAUUAUGUGACAUUUUUGAAAAAUUUAGAUCCAUGAGUUUAAAGCACUAUGGGCUAGAUCCUUGUCAUUAUGUUUCAUCACCAUCAUUAAGUUGGGAUGCUAUGUUAUUAAUUACUCAAGUUGAAUUGGACUUAUUAUCUGAUAUAGAAAUGUAUGAAAUGCUAGAAAAAGGCGUCAGAGGAGGGUUAGCACAGUGCUCUUUAAGGUAUGCAAAAGCUAAUAACAAAUACCUGCCAAAUUAUAAUGAACAAGAACCUAAUACUUUCCUAGCUUACUUAGAUUGUGUUAAUUUAUAUGGUUAUGCUAUGAUGCAAAGUUUACCGGUCGGAAAUUUUAGAUUCCUUACGAAUAGCGAAAUUAUCAAAUUCAAUAUUAACUCUAUUUCAUCAGAUAGUGAUGAAGGUUAUAUACUUGAAGUAGAUAUUCAUUAUCCUUUUGUAAUACACGAUGAACAUUCUGAUCUACCAUUUGCAGCAGAAAAAAUAAUUCCUCCUAUGCCAUGCUCCAGUAAAACUAAUAAAUUAAUAGCUAAUCUUUAUGAUAAAUAUAAAUAUGUUAUACAUUAUAUUCAUUUGCAAGAGUGCAUAAAAAAUGGUAUCGUAGUGUUAAAAAUUCAUAGAAUACUUUCAUUUACACAAAAAAAGAUCUUAGAACCAUAUAUAAAUUUAAAUACUCGACUCAGACAGGAAGCGACUUCAGAUUUUGAAAGGGAUUUUUUUAAAAAGCAAAAUAAUUCAAUAUUUGGGAAAACUAUUGAAAAUAAAAGAAAACAAGUUGAUGUUAAGUUAGUUAAUUUAUGGAAAGAUGACUUCAAUAAAACUAACAAAAUUAAUGGUGCUGAAAAGUUCAUAGGCGCUCCCAAUUUCAAAAACCUUGCUAUAAUUUCUGAAAAUCUUGUUGCUAUUCAGUUACAGCCAGCAAAAGUAGUUUUAGACCGACCAAUAUAUAUGGGCUUUACGAUACUGGAACUAGCAAAGAGUCACCUAUAUAAUUUUCAUUAUUCCAUAAUGAAAAAAAUAUACAAAAAUAACAUUAAAUUAUGUUAUACCGAUACCGACAGUCUCUUGUAUUUAAUACGUACCAAAGAUUUCUAUGAAGACAUGAAAAAUAAUAUUCAAUACUUUGAUACAAGUAAUUUUAAGAUUAACAAUAUUUAUGGGAUACCACAUUGCAAUAAACAGAUACCUGGUUUCUUUAAGGAUGAAAUGGGCGGAGAUGUCAUAUCAGAGUUUAUUGGUUUAAGAGCUAAGCUGUACUGUAUUAAUACGCUGAGCGAUAUAGUUAAGAAAGCCAAAGGUGUAAAAAAAUCUGUUUCAAAAAAAAUUACCAUAAACAAAUAUAAAAGUGCAUUAAAUUGUAAUAUCAAUUUUAGAUACCCUAUGUUUGUUAUACGAUCUAAAAAUCAUAAGCUUUACACACAAAGAAUCAAUAAAGUGGUACUUGAUGGGAAUGAUGACAAACGUCAAAUUAAAAAAAAUAAUGCUUUUACUUUACCAUGGGGUCAUUAUAGUUCCCUAUUCUAAUCUGAACCAAAAAUUUAUUACUAUUUUUUUUUUAAUAGGAUAAUUAUAUUAUUAUUUUUUGUAAUAAAAUUAAGUCAUAAUGUAUUUUUUAUUUUUGAAAUGAAAUAAAUAUUUUGUAUUCAA